AUGGCAUUUUUUGGUAAUAGAACAUACUUGGUAGUUGGAGCUUCUAAGAAUCCAGAAAAGUAUGGCUAUAAAGUUCUUAAAUGGUACUUGGACCGAAAUUUGAAUGUCGUUCCAAUAAACCCCACAACCCCAGAGGUAUUGGGUGCCAAAACAAAAAGUUCAAUCUUGGAGGCGCUUGCAAAUGGCCAUGAAUAUUCCUUGUCCGUAAUCACGCCACCAGACGUAUCUUACAACUCAUUGAAAGAGGUGCUUGAGUCAGUGAAAGGAGAUUUGGUAAAAUCUAUUUGGUUCCAGCCAAACUCUUAUGACGAAAAGUUGAUUUCGUAUCUGAACAAGAAAGGGUUCUAUAAGAACAAGGGUAACUUGAUUUAUAAUGAUUGUAUAUUGGUUUCAGGAGAUUCUAAAAUAUGA